UAUAGAAGAGACGACUAGUAAUAAGAUAACCAAACCAAAACUACAGACAGGAAAAUCAUAAGAGAGAGUCUGUGACUGAGUUCAUAUUCUGAUAUAGAGAAAAAAAGAGUUUUCUCAAUCUGAUUAGCAAGCUAUUUGGGAAUUCAUGGAGACACCAAAACCAGUGAAGCUAGGUGGUUCUUUGUUUGUACCUAAUGUGCAGGAAUUGGCGAAAUCACUUGCGGAAGUCCCAGCUCGAUACAUACGCACUGAUCAGGACCCGGUGACAGACGUCUCUGGUACGUACAUGAUAGAUCAAACAGUACCUAUUAUCGAUUUGCAGAAAUUAGUGUCUCCAGAACCCAUCACUGGAGAUUUAGAAUUGGAGAGGCUUCACUCUGCUUGCAAAGAAUGGGGUUUCUUUCAGGUGGUAAACCAUGGAGUUGACUUUUUAAUGGUAGAUAAAGUGAAAUCGGAAAUUCAAGGUUUCUUCAAUCUCCCAAUGGAUGAGAAAAUGAAAUUUUGGCAGGUAGAAGGAGAUCUGGAAGGAUUUGGACAGGCCUUUGUUCAUUCAGAAGAACAAAAGCUUGACUGGGCAGACAUGUUUUUCAUGCUCACUCUUCCCCGGCAAAUGAGGAAACCUCGGCUAUUUCCCAAACUCCCACUACCUCUCAGGGAGACAAUUGAAUCCUACUCAUUGGAGUUGAGUAAACUAGGCUUGACUCUACUUGAGUUGAUGGCAAAGGCUCUACAAAUCGAUUCUAGGGUCAUGGAAGACUUGUUUGAAGGCGGGAGACAAACAAUGAGGAUGAAUUAUUAUCCUCCUUGUCCACAACCAGAGCGUGUGAUCGGCGUAACACCACAUUCAGAUGCUGGAGGUUUGACGAUCCUCCUUCAACUCAACGAAGUGGAUGGACUGCAGAUUAGAAAAGAAAAGAUAUGGGUUCCCGUUAAGGCUCUACCCAAUGCCUUCGUAGUGAAUAUUGGAGACAUUCUGGAGAUAAUUAGUAAUGGGAUUUACCCUAGUGUGGAGCAUCGAGUAACAGUAAAUUCAACAAAGGAGAGGCUCUCAGUUGCAACAUUUCAGAACCCUAAAAUGAAGUCGGAAAUAGGUCCAAUAUUUAGCAUGAUCACACCAGAGACUCCUUCCUUGUUCAGAACAGUUGGGUAUGAGGAUUAUUUGAGGAACUAUUAUGCACGUACACUUGAUGGAAAAUCAUACCUUGACUACAUGAGAAUAGGAGGUGAUAAAGACAAUAAGGCUACAUGAUUGCUGCCACAGAUGUACAUAUUGAUGAAAUAAGUUCCUUUGAUGAAGUAAAAGGGUCAUAUCAAUCUUUCUUUUCAAAGAAAUAAAUUUAUGCGUAGGUGCCUCUCCCUCUAGUAUGAGUAUAACUCAAAACAAUGAAUAAUUUGAGUUUUAUUGAACAUGUAUUUUUGCAUUUAAUGAAUAUGUGGAUCAUUUGAAUGAAUUGAACUAGAGAGAGAUUGGAUU